GCAGCCACUUCCGGCGCACUGGGGGACUUGCGGUUCCGGGUCGCUGCUCGGCUCGCCGGCCGGCUGUGGGGGCCGGUGACGCGGGCCGGCGCUCACGAGAGGCCCCGGAGGCGGGGCUUUGCCGGCUGCCCAGAAGCGGCAGGACAGAAUGCUUUGACCUCCAAGCUGUUUUAAAUCUAGUAGAUAAGCCAGAUACUGAAUUGCCAUAAGCGCUUGGCUUACAGUUAAGUGGGAAUGCAGCUAGCCUGGAUGUCUGAAACUUUUUAGGCACCUGGGUCUGAAUCCCAGUCACCGGUCUGGGGACUACUGAGAGCUGGUCAUCCCUACAGGAUAGCUACAAAGCAAAAAUGUUUGCAAAACUAAAGAAAAAAAUUGCUGAAGAGACUGCUGUGGCUCAGAGGCCAGGAGGUGCCACUAGGAUCCCACGGUCGGUGAGCAAGGAAUCAGUUGCCUCAAUGGGAGCUGACUCAGGAGAUGACUUUGCUUCUGAUGGAAGCAGCUCCAGAGAAGAUCUUUCAUCCCAGCUUUUGAGAAGGAAUGAACAGAUACGGAAGUUAGAGGCCAGACUUUCUGACUAUGCUGAACAGGUCCGAAACUUGCAGAAGAUAAAAGAGAAGCUUGAAAUUGCCUUAGAAAAACACCAAGAUUCUUCCAUGCGGAAAUUUCAAGAGCAGAAUGAGACAUUCCAAGCCAACAGAGCCAAAAUGGCAGAAGGACUGGCUUUGGCAUUAGCCAGAAAGGACCAGGAAUGGUCAGAAAAGGUGGAUCAGCUUGAAAAGGAGAAAAGUUUUCUGACAGCUCAGUUACAGGAAAUGAAGAACCAGAGUUUGAAUCUUUUCCAAAGGAGAGAUGAAAUGGAUGAAUUAGAGGGGUUCCAGCAGCAGGAACUAAGUAAAGUAAAGCACAUGCUUUUAAAAAAAGAAGAAAGCCUAGGGAAAAUGGAGCAAGAACUGGAGGCCCGAACCAGAGAACUUAGUCACACCCAGGAGGAGUUGAUGACCUCCAAUCAGAUGUCAUCAGAUUUAAACCAGAAGCUAGAAGAAUUGCAGAGACACUACUCAACGCUGGAAGAGCAGAGAGAUCAUGUGAUAGCUUCCAAAAGAGAUGCAGAAAAUAAGAUUACAGCCCUGGAACAAAAGGAACAAGAGCUUCAGGCACGCAUUCAGCAGCUUUCCAUUGAUUUGCAAAUGGUCACUGCUGAAACUCAACAUAAGGGAAAAGCUAUCACACAUUUGCAAGAGAAGGUCACAUCCUUAGAGAAGAGACUAGAGCAGAACUUAUCAGGAGAAGAACACCUGCAAGAACUCCUGAAAGAGAAAACAGUUGCUGAGCAGAAUUUGGAGGAUACUAGACAGCAGCUCUUGGCAGCCAGAAGCAGCCAGGCCAAGGCCACUGAUGCGCUAGAGACUCGGGUCAAAGAACUAGAGCAGACCCUGCAGGUCUCCGAGGAGCAGCUGCAGCAGAGCAGGGACAUCGUUGCUGCACAGGAAGCUCAGCUUCAGGAGCUUGCCACCACCACCAAGGAGGGCAGCUGUGCACAGCAGCAGAUCCUCACUCUGGAGCAGCAGUGCACAGAGCGCACCCAUGCCCUGGAGGCCCAAAUCACUGCCCUUGAGAGAGCAAGGGUGGCUGACCAAACUGCCGCAGAGCACAGGAUGAGAGAACUGGAGCAAGAAAAUGCAGCCCUUAAAGAAAGUAGGAAUGAAUAUGAACAUUCUUUACAGCAUCACCAAUUUGAACUAAAGAAGCUACAGGAAGAAUGGAGCCAAAGAGAAAUUGUGAGUGUGGCCAUGGCUCAAGCUCUGGAGGAGGUGCGGAAGCAAAGGGAAGAGCUCCAGCAACAGGCUGCUAACUUGACAGCCGUAAUAGAUGAAAAGGAGCAGAGUCUACAGGAAAAAGCUGCAGUGCUUCUCCAGAAAGAACAGGAGAUUCUGCAGCUGGAGCAAGGCCACAACUCUGCUGUGCUGCAGAUGCACCAGCUGCAGGAUGAGCUGCAGGCCCUGAGGAGCCUGAGAGCAGAGGGAACUGCCGCAGCUGUGGAGCAGGAGGACCUGCUGAGGCUGCAGGGCCAGGUGCAGGGCGAGGCACUCUCAGUCAGUGAGCUACACGUGACCUCGAAGACCAUGCAGGACCCUGUGUUCCAGCGUCCAGCUGUAGGAGGAACACCAAAUGGUGAGGUUGGGACCAUGGAUCUGGGGCAGCUACAGAAGGAAAAACAGGACUUGGAGCAGCAGCUUACAGAGAAAAAUAAGACCAUAAAGCAGAUGCAGCAGAGGAUGCUGGAACUCAAAAAGACUCUGCAGAAGGAGUUGAAAAUCAGACCUGAUAAUGAGCUUUUUGAAGUCCGGGAGAAACCUGGACCUGAGAUGGCAAACAUGGCCCCUUCUGUCACGAAUAACGCUGACCUGACUGAUGCUCGGGAGAUCAACUUUGAAUACCUUAAGCAUGUUGUUUUAAAAUUCAUGUCCUGUCGAGAAUCCGAGGCUUUUCAUCUAAUAAAAGCUGUGUCAGUGUUGCUGAACUUUUCCCAAGAAGAAGAAAACAUGCUCAAAGAAACCCUGGAGUAUAAGAUGUCGUGGUUUGGGUCCAAACCAGCUCCCAAGGGCAGCAUCCGGCCAUCUAUCUCAAACCCUCGGAUACCAUGGUCCUAGAGGGAACUACCCAAGGAUGGAGCUCUAUGGGUUGACUCUUUUUCUGUGAAAAGAACACUGACACACCAGUCUGGGUGGGUUUUUAAUCACUGUAACUGCAGUAUUUUGUACAAGUGUCUAAACAUUGUUUACAAGACUCAAGGCUCACUUUCUUGCAGGCUGACAUGAACCUCAGGGGUUAGCUGAUCCUGUGUCAUUCUGGUCACCAAAUGGGAGGGUCCUAGCACUGUCCAGAUUUCCACAGUGCUGCUAAUACCCCAGCUCUGGCCAGCACCCCAUCUGCACCUGAAUCCUGUAACUUUUCAUGUUAGCACUUACAGCUGAAGCGAUCAUCUGCCAGGUGGCAAGUGAGUCAUCAUGUGAUGACGCUGGAGGUAGAGACAGCCCUUUGAAAUGGUGCCCAGCAGGCCUAACCCACCUGCUUCUGCUAGGAACAGCCAAGUCCGUGAGGGUUGCUUUUUAGAAUGCAGACAAGUUAGAAGAGGCUUUUUAUACUUUCCUCUCAAGAAAAUGUUAUUUCACUUGUUUUUCAAACCACCUAGAACUUCAGAUGUGUACAUCUUUAAGGGCCAGUGUAGAUGAAGAAUAUGCAACUUUGAGACGGUAUCUCCAUUUUACUUAAGAUAACUAACAAAUAUGUAAAAAGAUCCUUAGUACCAAAUACACUCAAUUGCCUUUUUAAUGAAUGUACUUGUCUUGGAUAGGUUGCUGGUAAACCAUUUUAAACUAUUUUUUAUAGCUAAAGUUCUUCACUAUUAUAAACAUGUCUUCUGUUUUACAAAAUCCAUUUAACUGGUGUUCUUAAAGGAAGAUCCAAGCAUCAAGAGGAAAUUAUUUAUAAAAUAGGAAUUCCUGUCCCUUUGUAAUUUCAGUAGCAUUCUGUGGCAUCUGCUGCUCUCUGAAGCAGUGGUGGUGUUUCGUUGGCUUUGCCCUUGCUUCAGGGAUGUGCUACCGCUGGGCAGAUGUUAAUCGCCUGUCCUCCACUUAAGGACUAUCUGCUGUACUCGGUGGAAGCAGCAGCUCUUCCCCCAGCCUUGACCAAAACAUGAGGCAGUCUGCUUUGUGUGUGGAGCCACUCUCUCCCUCAUCCUACCCCGUAUGUUUCAAAUGACACCACAUCCACGUAUGGCAUUCAGACAGCCCCCGGUGGCUGCAGUACUUCAGAUCAUGCACAUGGCUCUGGUAGUGACUGAUUAAAAAAAAAAAAGGUACUAUUAUUGAGGAAAAGGGAACAUCCUUGUUCUGGAUAAGCCACAAUAUCGAAUCUGAAGAAAAAGCGUUUAUUGAUUUAUCGUUUGAUUAAAGUUUCAUUGGUUAAAUAAAAAAAUGAAUUCAUAGCUGGAGCUCCUAAAUUUAUUAUGAGUUAUCCAAUAGUGUAAGUUGUUUCUCAAUUGUGCUUAGGGCCAAAAUAUGUAUAUAAAAAUAAAUCUCACAGAAAAACAACUAUCUGCAGGUAUGAAAUAGCAAGCCAGGGCAGCAGCCCCUCGGUCCCAGCUCAGGCUCUCUGCCAUCUGAACAGCCGUUCCCCACGACCUGCCUCCUCAUAGCGCUCUUCCUUGCAGACGUCUGUCCCAUGAUUAGAAUGCGGUUUUCCAUUUACCUGGUGGAACAUGAAACAGGAGUCCCUUCUGUUCUGCAAUCUUGACAAGCAAGAGGUAGCUUUCUUUUCAAAGUAGGAUUUCCUUUUUUCAACUGUUUCAGGAAAGAAUCGCUAAGACUGGGUAGUUCAAGGCGUGCCAGCGGCAGCUAUACUUCUGUGGAAGCCCGGUAUGACCCUCUAUGGCUUCUCCAGUCCUUGAGCAGGUCUCACACACACCCCACCUCCCACUUCCCCGGCUGUUUAAGAUGUAGCUGUGGGGCCUAUUCCCAAGCCUGCACACACUGAGGGAGAAUUCACUGAUUAGGCUUUCCUCCUGCAUGUUAAAUUUCCUUCAGCUUUAAGAGGAAGAGUGGAGUAAAUAUUCUAAGUGAUUUAAUGCACUUUUAAUUGUAUAAAACUUUGUGAGAGAGACAAUAUGUAUAGCCCUUUAUAUGAGCAUUGGAUCUUGACCUCUCCUUCAAUGUUGUAAAUAGGGAUUGUAUUAUCUAAAAUUGCUAUAGAUUCAUUUGUGGUGCAAUACACUUUUUGAUUAAAGCUCUUCAAUCCAUAUGCAGCUGCAGUGGAUGACUUGA